CUCAGGGAAGCACGCACAAAUAAUUAAAAGUGAGCAUAGUAAGAGAGUAUAAAGUGAGGUAGAUUUAUUUUUAACUUGUGAAUCAAAAUUGUGAGGAUCUAGCGCAGUGUUUGUAUCCUCACUUGAACCAACUUUAGCCAGGCCAGGUCAGUAUGCAGUCAAUCGUCAUAUUGAUGACAUUAUUAUCGAUGGCGCUCGCCAUCCCUUCGCAAACCUAUGACCCGGAGUAUGAUAACUUCAACGCUGAAGAUCUGGUGGAGAAUGUACGUCUACUCAGGAGCUACGGAAAAUGCUUCCUCGAAAAGGGACCGUGCACUGCUGAAGGAUCCGACAUAAAAAAGAUAAUCCCCGAAGCCCUAAGAACGAGUUGCGCAAAAUGCACGCCCAAACAGCAGCAGUUGGUGCGCACUGUGGCUCGAGCCUUCCAAAGCAAACUCCCGGAUCUUUGGAAAGAACUCGUUCUCAAAGAGGACCCAAAAGGCGAGUUUAGAGAAGCAUUCACUCAAUUUUUGGACAACUCUGAUAUUACGGCUUUAAAAAUGAAACAUUAAGUAUAAA